AAUUACGUAUUCGAAGUUUCAACUGAAUACUAAUCAUUAAAAAAUGGGGACGGUGUAAUAUUAUACAAUAUGGAACCUAUAGAUCAGCAGUUACCUUAGUGUCUUUAGUCUUGUACCUGAAACGUACUUAUUGUAUAUCAUGGUUAUUUUACAAAAAAAAAUAAUGUAAAAUUACCACUAGAGAUAUAUAAUCACGUUUAAUUGACCAAGAAGCGGCAUAACAAUAGCCAUACAUCAUAAACAUUACGAUAUCCUUGCGUUUUGCCAGUGUUGUAGCCACCAAUAUAUAAUUAUAUACUACUAAUUGUACUACGCAUCGAAAAAUGUAUAUCAAUGGUCAUGGGUCAUGACUUGCUUUGCUUAUUAGAUCUGUAUUGCAACUGUCACUAAAAUUCUGGCUUAUCUACUUGCUUAUUUUAGUUCAUAAGCUCUUGUAAUAGAAUCUAAAAUAUCUUGCAGAAAUCUUGAAAAAUAGUUCGUCUUCAUUACAAUUUAAUGUUUGUUUAUAUUUUAGAUGUUAAAAUAAUUAAUAAUUAAGGAAAGAAAAAUAUAUUCUAUAUUAAUAUUAAAAAACUUUCUUUAAUAGUUCUAAAGUUACAACAUGUUACAUGUAAUAUAAAACAAAAGUAUUUUAUUGGCGAUAAAUUGUGUAAGAUAUAAUGUUUCGAAAUCGAAUUUUAACACGAAUAUUGUGGCGACAUGGAGCAAAUAGUAAAAUCGAUUAUGCAAGACCUAGUGCAAUUCGUUUGUGUACGAAUUCAAUAAAUAUGAGAGAACAAGGCACAGUAGCGCUCAAGGAAAGUUAUAUUAAGAAAUUUAUGAAUGCUGUAGGAUGGAUGGACCAAGAUAGGACUCGUUUAAAGUUAACGGGAUACUUUCUCUAUGAAUGUGUGCCUGUCAAAGUUGCAUACAAUGAAUGGUUUGAGAUUCUAGAACUCCCAGACACAUUUGCAUCCUGGUUUAUAAUAACUGAACUUCAUGUGUGGUUACUGCUUGUACGUUAUAUGGCAGAAGAUGUAACUUCCUUAAGUGGUCAAAAAAAUAAGUAUGUUAAAGGAGAUGGACAUUUUGUCAGAAAUUGUGUUAUAGAAGCACUAUGGGCUGAUGUUGCAAAUAGAAUUAAAUUAUUAGAGGGAGCAAAUCCAGCAAUAGCAAGGAAGCAAGUAACAGAACUAUCUGAACAGUUCCAAGCUGCACUAGUUGGGUAUGACGAAGGACUUAGUGAUGACAAAAUAUUGGCUGCAGCUGUUUGGAGGAGGUUCUAUUCACUGUCCGAAGACACAAAAGCAGAAAACAUUAUCAAAAUUGUUCACUUUAUAAGACAUCAGUUGUCUGAAUUAGAUAAAAUUUCUAGUGAAAAUUUGAGAUGGAAACCCGAAGUUAACUGGUUGAGUAUAAUGAAACAUUGAAAUUAAUAUUGGUUGUUAAAAAAAUAUUGAAGUUUGUUAUAAAGUAAGUGAAGCUAGA